UAAACAGCAGUUUUUGUGACGCAUUGUGUUUUCCAUUCUCAAGUCCUGACUGAGAUGUGCAAACUGCAAACUCCGCAACAUUUCCUCUCAGUCACAUGAUCGUGUUCCUCUGUGCUGCUCUGCGGUGCUGGAAAAGUUACUGCAACUUACAAACAUAUGAUCUGACACAGAUGAAGCCAUGAAGCUCAUCAUACUCAAUGACUAUGACCAGGUCAGCGAAUGGACUGCCAAAUACAUCAGGAACAGGAUAAGGAAGUUUAAUCCAGGUCCUGACCGAUUCUUCACUCUGGGUCUUCCAACAGGAAGCACUCCGCUUGGAUGCUACAAGAAACUGAUCGAGUAUCACAAGAAGGGAGAAAUAUCGUUUCAGUAUGUGAAGACGUUUAAUAUGGAUGAGUACGUGGGUAUUCCUAGAGACCAUCCUGAAAGUUAUCAUUCAUUCAUGUGGAAUAACUUCUUCAAGCAUAUCGACAUCCGAGCAGAAAACACCCACAUCUUAGACGGAAACGCAUCCAAUCUAGAGAAGGAAUGUCAGGACUUUGAAGCCAAAAUCAAAGCUGCUGGAGGAAUCGAACUUUUUGUUGGCGGUAUUGGACCUGAUGGUCACAUCGCAUUCAAUGAGCCUGGUUCCAGUCUUUCGUCCCGAACGCGUGUUAAGACCUUGGCGAUGGACACGAUUCUGGCUAACGCGCGUUUCUUUGAUGGCGAUCUCUCUAAAGUCCCCACCAUGGCCCUCACGGUUGGUGUCGGCACAGUGAUGGACGCUCGAGAGGUCAUGAUCCUUAUCACUGGCUCACAUAAAGCAUUUGCCCUCUAUAAAGCCAUAGAAGAGGGAGUGAAUCACAUGUGGACUGUGUCAGCGUUCCAGCAACAUCCUCAGACUGUGUUUGUGUGUGAUGAAGAUGCAACACAUGAGCUCAGGGUCAAAACAGUCAAGUAUUUCAAAGGCAUUAUGCAUGUGCACAACAAGAUGGUGGAAGAGCCAUAGUCUGAUACUGACGAGAAGACUGGACACACAGAUUUGCCUCAAAUUGUGCUCCUUUUUCUGUUGUUUUUAUAUAACUUUUUUUUUUCUUUUAUGAAACAUCUCAUACUGAUAUAUUGAAUUAAAAUGUUUAUAUCAUA